GCUGGCGACGGCGCGCGCAUCCACCUCCAGCCCGCCCAUCCAUCCAUCCUCAGGCUGCACGGCUUCACUGCUUGCCACACUGGACCCCGAUUAAUAAACUCCGAAAGAAAUGUCAUUGCUGUGUGUUGGAGUGAAGAAAGCCAAGCUUGAUGGACCUCAGGAGAAAUUUAACACCUACGUGACGCUGAAGGUGCAGAAUGUUAAGAGCACAACCAUUGCUGUGCGUGGCAGUCAGCCAUGCUGGGAGCAGGACUUCAUGUUUGAAAUAAACCGCCUGGAUCUGGGUCUGGCAGUGGAGGUGUGGAAUAAAGGGCUGAUCUGGGACACCAUGGUGGGCACGUUGUGGAUCCCCCUCCGCAGCAUACGGCAGUCCAAUGAGGAGGGUCCAGGUGAGUGGUUGACUCUGGCCAAUGUCAUCAUGGCUGAGAAUGAGAUCUGUGGGACAAAAGACCACUUUCACAGACUGCUGCUUGACACCCGCUUUGAACUGCCAUUAGACAUUCCUGAAGAAGAGGCCAGGUACUGGGCCAAGAAACUUGAACAACUAAAUGCCAUGAGAGACCAAGAUUAUGCUGAUCAAGAAGAACAGGAGCAACCUCUUCAUGCACCAUCUACCCAGUGCUGUAACUGGAGUCUUUGGGGAGAUCAACAAAAUGAAGAUCCAGACAGUGCUGUGGAUGACAGGGACAGCGACUACCGCAGUGAGACCAGUAACAGCAUUCCCCCUCCCUACUACACCACCUCCCAACCCAAUGCUUCCAUGCACCAGUACCCCAUGAGGCACCAGCACUACCGGCACUCGUACAGCGACGAUGUCCAUGAACUGGACUACGACCACCGAACCAUGAGACGCUAUGAUAGUUUAGACUCGGCCACCAACGGGCGCAGCGAUAUCGACUCAGGCUCAGGGUCAAGCCGGCGCACCAGUCGUCAGUAUUCUCUAGACAGUAGGCAUUCACUCUCCGAUAGUCCCACAGACAGCCGCUACGCCUCGUCAGCUGAGCUGAGUCAAGGCAGCUCUCAGCUCAGUGAGGAGUUUGUUCCCGAGGAUGGCGAGAGCCUGCGAGGAUCUGAGUUCUAUGAUGAAAACGAGUCCUACCACUCCUGCCACUCCUCUGUCAGCUACGGAAAAGAGGAUUCCCCAGGCUGGGAUGCGGAGGAGCAGCAGGGCAUCUACAGCGAUGAAGGGGGCUACCUCAAAGAUGGAGGAGAGGAGGGGGCACUGUAUGGUGAGGAGGACGGAGAUAUAUAUGGAGAGGAAGGGGGGUACAAGUAUGAGGAUGAGGAGGAAAUGCCAUAUGAGGAAGAUGAAGAUAGGUAUCCACUUGAUGGUGCACUCAGUGAAGACCAGGAGCCGCCCUACACCCCCACACCCACCAGCCCUGCUGCCCUCACACUCAUGCCUCCUGCUGAUGGAGUCUCCUCCACGAGGCCUCCUCUAGAGAAGCAGCCGUCGAUGCACCAGCAGCGUGCGCCACAUGAUCAGGCUGUCAGUGCAGUUGCGGGUCUCACUCCAGCCACACAAGAUAACAUGUUAACCCCAGUCAGCGCAGAGUCACCAAAGCCUCGGUUUGCACCCACUCAGGCUGAUCUGGCCACCACCACUACAUCCACUCCCACAACUACAUCACAGCUUCCUGCUCCAGAUACUCAGCCACUAGAGCCCGAGGCUAAAUUGGAGAUACCAUUGGAAGAACCUCGACCCCCUGAACAGCCUCCGACAGAGGAGAAAGUCCCUGCAGCUCCUGCAGAGAAAACAGAAGAACUUCCUGUUCCAAGCUUCCAGAAGAGAGAAAUGGAACCUGGCUAUGCCAGAGCCAAAGCCAACUGGCUUCGACUGUUCAGCAGAGUUCGACUGCAGCUACAAGAGGCACGAGGAGAGAGUGUUGGCAUCGCCUCCCUGCUUUUAUCUGCAGGGAUGGGCGGGGCUCUGUACAGCAUUGACAGCAUGCCGGAUCUCAGGAAGAGAAAAGCGAUGCCUCUCGUCAGAGACCUGGCUAUGUCAUUGGUUCAGAACUCCAGGAAGGCAGGCAUCACCUCAGCCCUGACAUCCAGCACCCUGCACAAUGAGGAACUGAAGAGCCACGUGUAUAAGAAGACCCUGCAGGCCCUCAUAUACCCCAUCUCCUGCACCACGCCACACAAUUUUGAGGUGUGGACAGCCACAACUCCCACAUACUGCUACGAAUGUGAGGGGCUCCUGUGGGGCAUCGCCCGACAAGGCAUGCGCUGCACUGAGUGUGGAGUCAAAUGCCAUGAGAAGUGCCAAGAUCUCCUCAACGCUGACUGUUUGCAAAGAGCAGCCGAGAAAAGUUCCAAACAUGGUGCAGAGGACCGAACGCAAAACAUCAUCAUGGUUCUUAAGGAUCGAAUGAAGAUCCGCGAGAGGAACAAACCCGAGAUCUUUGAACUCAUUCAGGAGGUGUUCUCUGUGAUCAAGACCACGCAUGUUACCCAGAUGAAGCAGAUCAAGCAAAGCGUGCUUGACGGAACAUCGAAAUGGUCGGCCAAGAUCAGCAUCACAGUGUUGUGUGCACAGGGUCUACAAGCAAAGGAUAAAACUGGAUCCAGUGAUCCUUAUGUUACAGUUCAGGUGGGCAAGACCAAAAAGAGGACCAAGACUAUCUACGGUAACCUGAACCCAGUCUGGGAGGAGACAUUCAACUUCGAGUGUCACAACUCUUCAGACCGCAUCAAGGUGCGCGUGUGGGACGAGGACGAUGACAUCAAGUCUCGUGUGAAGCAGAAGUUCAAACGGGAGUCAGAUGACUUCCUGGGUCAGACCAUCAUCGAGGUUCGCACUCUGAGUGGAGAGAUGGACGUCUGGUACAAUUUGGACAAGCGUACAGACAAAUCUGCUGUGUCUGGGGCUAUCCGCAUGCACAUCAAUGUGGAGAUCAAAGGAGAGGAGACGGUGGCUCCGUAUCACGUUCAGUACACUUGUUUACAUGAAAACCUGUUCCACUACGUGACUGAUAUCCAGAACAAUGGUGUGGUGAAGAUCCCUGAUGCCAAAGGAGAUGAUGCAUGGAAGGUCUAUUUUGAGGAGACGCCCCAGGAGAUUGUAGAUGAGUUUGCCAUGCGUUACGGAGUUGAGUCUAUCUACCAAGCUAUGACUCACUUUGCCUGUCUGUCAUCUAAGUACAUGUGCCCCGGUGUGCCAGCAGUAAUGAGCACCCUGCUGGCCAAUAUCAAUGCUUACUACGCUCACACCACCCAGGCCACCAACAAUGUCUCUGCGUCUGACCGCUUUGCUGCGUCUAACUUUGGCAAAGAGCGGUUUGUAAAACUUCUGGACCAGCUGCACAACUCCCUAAGGAUCGAUCUAUCCAUGUACCGGAACAACUUCCCAGCCAGCAGUCCUGAAAGACUGCAGGACCUGAAGUCAACAGUGGACCUCCUGACUAGUAUCACCUUCUUCAGAAUGAAGGUCCAGGAGCUACAGUCUCCACCCAGAGCCAGCCAGGUGGUGAAGGACUGCGUGAAAGCCUGUCUGAACUCCACCUAUGAAUACAUCUUCAAUAACUGUCAUGAACUCUACAGUCGCGAAUACCAGACAGACCCAGCCAAGCAGGGCACUGUACCUCCAGAGGAGCAGGGACCCAGCAUCAAGAAUCUGGACUUUUGGUCCAAACUCAUCACUCUCAUUGUCUCCAUAAUCGAGGAAGACAAGAACUCCUACACUCCCUGUCUCAACCAGUUUCCUCAGGAACUUAACGUGGGUAAAAUCAGUGCUGAAGUCAUGUGGAAUCUGUUUGCUCAGGAUAUGAAGUAUGCGAUGGAGGAACAUGAAAAAAAUCGCCUGUGCAAAAGCGCAGAUUACAUGAAUUUGCACUUCAAGGUCAAGUGGUUGUAUAAUGAGUACUGCAAAGACCUGCCGUUCUUUAAGAGCCGAGUGCCUGAAUAUCCUGCGUGGUUUGAACCAUUUGUCAUCCAGUGGUUGGACGAAAACGAAGAAGUGUCACGGGACUUCUUGCAUGGAGCUUUGGAGCGAGACAAGAAAGAUGGGUUCCAGGUGACAUCAGAACACGCCUUGUUCUCCUGUUCGGUGGUGGACGUGUUUUCCCAGCUCAAUCAGAGCUUUGAGAUCAUCAGGAAGCUGGAGUGUCCAGACCCUCAGAUUGUUGGACACUACAUGAAGCGAUUUGCUAAGACUAUCAGCAAUGUACUUUUGUCUUAUGCUGACAUCAUCUCGAGAUUGUUUGCCAACUAUGUCACUAUGGAAAAAGUGCCCUGCAUCCUAAUCAACAACAUCCAGCAGCUCAGAGUUCAGUUGGAGAAGAUGUUUGAAGCUAUGGGAGGAAAGGAUCUGUGUGUGGAGGCCAGUGAUAUCCUGAAGGACCUACAGGUCAAACUCAACAAUGUGAUGGACGAUCUCAGCCGGGUCUUUGCAGUCAGUUUCCAGCCACACAUUGAGGAGAAUGUGAAGCAGAUGGGUGACAUCCUGGCUCAGGUGAAAGGAACCUCAAAUGUUGGCAAUGCAAGCAGCGUGGCCCAAGAUGCUGACAACGUCCUGCAACCAAUCAUGGAGUUCCUCGACAGCAACCUGACGCUGUUCGCUAAGAUCUGUGAGAAGACUGUGCUGAAGCGAGUGCUGAAGGAGUUGUGGAAGCUGGUGAUGAACACCAUGGAGAAAACCAUCGUUCUGCCGCCACUCACAGACCAAACAGGCACUCAACUCAUCUUUAAUGCUGCCAAAGAGCUGGGGCAGCUGUCCAAGCUCAAGGAGCACAUGGUUCGUGAGGAGGCCAAAGCGCUGUCACCUAAACAGUGUGCUGUGAUUGAGUUGGCCCUGGACACCAUCAAGCAAUAUUUCCAUGCAGGUGGUGUGGGUCUGAAGAAGACUUUCCUGGAGAAAAGUCCCGAUCUCCUGUCUCUCCACUAUGCCCUGUCCCUCUACACGCAGGCGACGGACAAGCUCAUUAAAACCUUCGUCCAGUCUCAGAAUGCACAGGGCUCUGGGGUGGACGACGCUGUGGGAGAGGUGUCCAUCCAUGUGGAGAUUUUCACUCACCCCAAUACUGGAGAGCACAAGGUCACAGUAAAAGUGGUGGCGGCCAAUGACCUGAGGUGGCAGACGCAAGGGAUCUUCAGGCCAUUUGUGGAGGUUUACAUCAUUGGGCCUCACCUCAGCGACAAGAAGAGGAAAUAUGCCACCAAGUCAAAGAACAACAGCUGGGCUCCCAAAUACAAUGAAACUUUCACUUUCACACUGAGCAGUGAGGUGGGCCCCGAGUGCUACGAGCUCCAGGUGUGCGUGAAGGACUACUGCUUCGCCCGGGAGGAUCGCACCGUGGGCAUGGCCAUCUUGCAGCUGAAGGACGUGGCGUCCAAAGGCAGCGUCGCCUGCUGGCUGCCGCUGGGCAAACGCAUCCACAUGGACGAGACGGGCCUGACCGUGCUUCGCAUCCUGUCCCAGCGCAACAACGAUGACGUGGCCAAGGAAUUCGUCAAGCUGAAGUCCGACCAGCGCUCUGCAGAGGAGGGCCGCAGCUAAGAGGCUAAAUGUUUGUCUGAUGCUCAAUUGAACGCUAACUACUGCCCC